UCAAAUCGAGUGGCAUGGGUCGACACAUCUCAACUAAAACGAUUCUUCGCCAAAUAUAGAAUUAAGGAUAAGAAUCGCUGAAAGCAACCCUUCAAUACAAAUCACCAUUUCUAUAAAUUACAUCGACUGUGUGCGAGAGCAAUGGUUAGUGGCUGCGGCCAUUUUUGGAGCUUACGUCAAUUUUAAUGGCUUCUCUCUGGAACCCACCUGUUGCCUCCUUCUCCCCAAUCAGACCCACCUUGAAUCCAUCAAAAAUGGCGUCCAAUUUCAACCAUACCCUUCUUCGCAGAGGCAACGAUACUGGCAUUGGCGAUGGCAAAGGCGUCUCGUCUUCUCUUUCGAUGGCUACUGGUUGGAGCUCUGAUGGUGGCGAUAAGAGCACUAGGAAGCUUCCUGUUCUGCUGUUUGAUAUCAUGGGUACCAUUGUUCGUGAUCCAUUCUAUGAAGAUGUUCCCGCCUUUUUCAGAAUGCCCAUGGAGGAACUACUUGAACUCAAACACCCAACCGUGUGGCUAGAAUUUGAGAAGGGUUUGAUUGAUGAGGCAGAGCUGGAAAAAAAAUUCUUUAAAGAUGGGCGAGCUGUUGAUUUUGAAGGCCUCAAAAACUGUAUGAUAAGGGGUUACUCCUACCUAGAAGGCAUUGAAGAAUUGCUAAAUGCACUAAAAGAGAAAAACUAUGAAAUGCAUGCCUUCACAAACUAUCCUAUUUGGUACGAAAUGAUCGAGGAGAAGUUGAAAAUCUCGAGAUAUCUAUCGUGGACCUUCUGCUCUUGUAAAAACGGAAAGAGGAAGCCGGAUCCUGAUUUCUACUUGGAAGCCCUGAGACAUCUUGAAGUUGAGCCAGCUAGCUGUAUUUUCAUUGAUGACAGAAAGAAAAACGUAGAAGCAGCGAAAGAAGUCGGCAUUGUAGGCUUACAUUUCAGAAGUGCAGAUUUACUACUACAGGAUCUCUGUCGUCUGGGACUCGAUAUUUCACCCGAUAUUCAUCGCUUGAACUCGGCAGCAUCGACAUGAACGUACCGGACACGUUGCUGAGGUUUGUUCUGUUUCUUUUUCUUGAUUUGGAAAUGAAAAAUGAACUCAUCUUUACUAUGAUUCAAUUGAUUUCCAUAAUGGCAUGCUGUGUUGAGAUUGUUCUGGCUGUGGAUUCUUUUGUGGGAUUCUGUUUACUGUUCAUAAUGUUCAAAACAUUCAUCUGUAAUCAAUACAAUUAUGAGCAAAUCAAUACUCAUCUGUUCUUCAUUA